AUGGCGGAUAAAGCGCAGCAAAGACUCCAGGCCCUCGGCAAGCAGCUGGACGGCCCCGUUCCCAUCGUCAAAGUCGCCGGUCCUUCCGCAGCGGCCCGCGUCCAAGGCAAGGUUAUCAUCAUCACAGGUGCCAACUCACUCCUGGGUAUCGGUCGCGCCACGGCCCACCAGUACGCCGAGAACAGUGCUCGAGCUAUCUACAUUUGUGAUUUCGUCGACACGAACCUCGAAAACCAUAAACGCGAGAUCAACAGCCUCUACCCCAACGUCGAGGUUCAUACCCGCCAGUUCGACGCCGCUGACGAGAGCGCCGUCAAGGAGGUUGUUUCCCAUGCGAUUACAACUUACGGCAGGCUAGACAUCUUCUUUGCGAAUGCUGGCAUCACGGGCCCUCAUAAUAUGUUUACCGAUAUUACCGAGGAGGACUUCAUGCAGAACCUACGCACAAAUGUAUUGAGCGUCUUUCUUGCCGCAAAGCAUGCCGCCCCAGCCAUGCAGAAAACCUCCGCUGAGAAAAAGACACCAUGCGGAAGCAUUAUCCUCACCGCAUCUGUCGCCGGCAUCCGCUCCAACGCUGGCACAACCCCUUACUCCGCCGCGAAAUCGGCAGUCAUCUCCGUUGCGCAAACAACCGCCUACCAGCUCGCCGGCACCAAUGUGCGCGUUAACGCCAUUUGCCCCGGCCUUAUUGAGACCGGCAUGACGGCGCUCAUGUACGAUACGGCGCGUGCGCGGGGUACCGAGGGCAGGAUCGGCCAGAUCAACCCCAUGAAGCGCGGCGGCCACGCCGACGAGAUCGCGCGAGUGGCCCUCUUCCUCGGAAGCGACGAGAGCAGCUAUGUGAACGGUCAGGCGUGGGCAGUUGACGGCGGUCUGAGUGCAGGACACCCGUACGUUGUUGGGAAGCUCGCAUAA